CUCUUCCGGCGCCUCCCCGGACAGGGAUGCUGCGGCUCUACCGAGGGCUGAGGAAGGUCGGUGCAGAACCCAGUACUUGGGGUUCCGCUCGGCUUCCUCUUGCCGCCGAGAUGCCUAAGAAGGCUGGUGCGACGACCAAGGGUAAAAGCCAGAGCAAAGAACCAGAGAGACCUCUUCCGCCCUUAGGUCCUGUGGCAGUUGAUCCUAAAGGCUGUGUCACCAUAGCCAUCCAUGCCAAACCUGGCUCGAAACAAAAUGCUGUAACAGAUUUGACAGCAGAAGCCGUAAAUGUAGCUAUUGCAGCACCGCCAUCAGAGGGAGAGGCUAACGCUGAGCUCUGUCGGUAUCUUUCCAAGGUCCUAGAACUCAGGAAGAGUGAUGUGGUUUUAGAUAAGCUGGCACAGCAGAGAAUCCUGCCCUGAAGCUGUAGUCAGCUACCGUACCAACUACUGCUCAGCGCCCGUGCUUUCUCAGGUAAUAUGAUUUUAUAAAUUGUUUUGUUGUUGCUGUUGUUGUUUGU